AGCCGGUUGUGGUGUGAGAAAACUUCCUGGCGUUCAGGUGAGCCUCUAAACCCCGCCCCUCGGCAACGCGGAGGAUGGUCGCCGACUACAGCCUCGUUGGUGGAGCAAGCUAGCACCGGAGGUUUCACCCAACAUGAGAUUUCCCCGCGCCACACGCAGCGUCCCCCCUGCCUGCGUCCUGCCGUGUUUUGUCUUCUUGUUGUGUUGCACCCUCGGCCACACAAUGACCGCGCCGCGGCAGCCCUGGUUAAAGCAGCGCAGCCGGCGGAGUCCGCACACGGAGUACACAGGUGCGCACCACCGGCCGCUCACGGAGGAGCAGAAAGCGGACCAGAACCUGCAGUUCAUGCUGAGUUUGUACCGGAGCGCCGCGGAGCCGGACGGCAGGCUCAAGCAGCUCCGCAAGUUCGGCUCCAACACGGUCCGCCUGCUGAAACCCGCGGCGUCCUCCGUGUCCUACCUGUCAGCGUCAAGAGACCACCACUACAAAUUCACCGUACAGUACAACCUCGAUGGUCUUCCCUUUGAGCAACUGAUCAGAGCUUCGUUCAUCCACCUUCGCUCCUCCUCUUCCUCCUCCACACCCUCCAGCGCCGAUGAGACCCUCCAGCCGCCCCACUGCUGGGCCCAGGUCACCUCGCUGGGCAGGGAGAGCCAGACGAGCCCCCUGCCCAGGAGGCUUGUCUCCUUGGAGCCUGAUGACCAGUGGACGGAGACGGACAUCACAGCGGACGUCAGCAGACACGUCCUGCAGAGGAAGAACCAGGGCCGGGCGGGCCACUUGACCCUCACAGCCCAGUACUGGUGCACAGAGCCUGGGCAAGCUCAGGAGGUCAGCAGCCGCUCGUGGAGGACGCCUUGGGGCAGAUACUGGACUCGUGUGAGGAAAGGAGCCAAAAAAAGGCAGAGAGGGGAAUCUUUGGUGUCCCACCUAGAGAUCCCCUCCCUUCUUCUGUACUUAGAAGAGGAGAAGAAGACGAAGGACUGGAUGGAGGAUUUGCUGGGGUCCGAAGUGAAAUAUGACCCAUGGCGACGAGGGCCGCCGCGUCCAACUCUUCGCCGCCGCCGGUCCAAAGACAACCUGUCAGAGUCUGGAGAUCCCUCUCUAGACGCGAUCAAAAACGCCCCCAACUCCUCCGUCUCUUUCUCCACCUCCUCCUCCGCCUCCAUCGUCUCCGACAUCCCCAACUACAGGCGCAAGACGAGCGUGCCCAAGAACCGCUGCAAGCUCCACUCCUUCCGCCUCUCCUUCGACGAGCUCGGCUGGAGUCACUACUUCAUCGCCCCUCCGAUGUACAACCCCCGCUUCUGCCAGGGCGACUGCCCCAGGAUCCUCCACUACGGCUACCACUCGCCCAACCACGCCAUCAUCCAGACCGUCAUCAACGACAUGGGCGUGGGCGACGUGCCCCCUCCGUCCUGCGUGCCGUACAAGUACAUGCCCAUGAGCGUGCUGGUGGUGCACAAGAACAAGGUGGAGUACAGGGAGCUGGAGGACAUGGUGGCCGAUUCCUGCACAUGUCGCUAGAGACUCGGGGAGAACUCGAAGAAGCCAAAGCUCUCUUCGGUCCUGAUAAAUAUGCACGGGGACCGAUAAAAGAAACUUAACAUGGAGGGGAAGUGAAUGAAUUGUUGACCUCCUGCUUGGCGGCUAACCAUAAUAACUAGAGCCUGGAAGAAGGAAGUAGUUGUGGUUUCGUUCUUCACCAUGCCUGUAUUAAAGCACUUUAAAAGACAAGCUGCUGAAUGUGAUUUAGGCCUGCUAAGAACUAUGGGUUGUGCAGAGCAGAAGAUGUCAAAGUGUUAUUCCUAAGCAAAAGCGCUUGCCGGCUGGAAAAGGCCAUAAAUUUAAUUCCAUUUCAGCUGGUAGGAAUAAAUACUGCGACCUGAAUGUGACGCUGGUAGAAAGCACGAUGCUGACGUGUAAUGCACUUUAAUGGAAAACUUCAUAAUUGAAGGAAACCCACUUAUAUCAAAGGGGGGCUGGUAAGUUGGGAAUAUUUUAAGGCACUUCAGGGCAACGUAACUAACUUAAUCUUAGUGGUAAUUUAACUUAACAUCCAGGUAACUUAACUCGGGAUAAGCUAAAUGUGAAUGUGCAAUUUAUUCUGGAGGGGAGUAUUAACAUUCGGGAUGCGAAAUAAUGUGGCAAUUUGUGAUAAGACAGCUUGAGCAGUGUUUUUCUAUUUAAUGUUUAUUGGCAGACGUGGGGUUUGAGGUGUUUAGGUCACUCUAGCUUUAAACUCAGACUUGGCUAAGUGUUUGUAGUAUCAAGGCUCUGGCAGACUGGCUCAUUGUGUCUAUUUUUGAGCAGUUUACGAAAUUUAUCUUCAAACCACAGCCACUAACUGAGUGCUGUCUUUGUGUAUAUGUGUGUGUUUGUCUGUACAUGUCAUCUUUUUUUCUGUCGGAUGUAAUUUUUUAAAACCUGGGCUGCAAUUCUGAAUGUGUUAACGGUCACAAAGUUGGAUGUGCACUUAUACUGUGUCGGCCAGUGUGUAAGAAAUUCCCCUUUUCUUUCUUUUUUUUUUUUUUUUUGAUCUGUGGUUGAAUGGGAUGUGCCAGAUUUUUUUUGCUGCUUGAAUCUGAACUCUGACAUUUUUGUACAUAUUUAUAAUGGGAGUGAAAGACCUGUGAAUGCAUGGAGGUCAAAACAGGAAAGCAGGCGCAGCAAAGUGCAGCUACUGUCUUUGUCUCGGGGAAAACAACAUAAAAGAAAAAGAAAAAAAGAUGUAAAAAAAAAAAUGCUGUGACGUAGAAAAGAAUGUGAUUUUUUUUAUUAGGAAUCAGAAUUAUUAAUAAAAUAAAAU